GGUAGCGAAGAAUCAACACGCAGAAUGUCGGGCAAUAAAAGUCAAGAAAAACAGAUUUCCAGCUCACCAACAAUGCUUAACGUUUCAGAUAAAAGACCAAAACGCCGCGGUCCUAUACACAAGACGCGGCGGCCGUCGGCCGAACACAUCGAAAACCAGUACAAAGUUUCUACGACAGACGAAGCAGACACAGAAAUGAACACAAGCCAAACAUAUAUUGGCGAACAUAUAUUGCUCCGAGAUAAAGUGGACCUCACGGAGGAAGAAGAUGAUGAUGAAAUGGAACGAACUGAACGAGAGCCAUCGCUGGAACCGCCCUUGAGCAUGAGUCAGCAUGAGUCGCUGCCUACAAGUAGGAAAGUUCAGUACGAAAACACUACGCCGAGGCAUACGGUUCCACCACCAUUGUCGCAGGACACUGAGGGCAUUGGCAAUUUUGUGGUGAUCGCAAUUUUUUUGGCAAUUUCCUUGCUGGUGGCAGCCUAUUUGCUUAGUAGCCCGACCUCAAAACCUAGUAUGCCAGUGUGUGUUCGUUUCGACACAUUAGAAUCGAGCUUCGCAACGGUCGAUGAUACGUUGUGGGAUGCAUUGAAUGUCAGCUUGCAACGUGCCACUGGAGAGAGGCGUCGGCGGGAGCCCGGCACUUUCCUAUUCCUGCACCACGGAUCUACUAGCACAAUGAAUGGAUUUAUAGAAAACAUCACGAAAAUAACUGCCGGCUGCUUCGGUGGUACGGAACCAAUCCUGUUGGACAGUCAGUAUUUUAAGCGCUCCGACAUCGAAGAAGACUUUGGUGUGUUUAUAGCUCAGCAAACGUUGCCACUACGAGAAAAAGGUGUGAUGGUCGUGCGAAACCUCGAGGACAUCCCACCGAAAGCGGCACAAGCCUUCCACAGCUUUUGUGAUCCUGAAGAACCACAGGUGGACAGGGCGUUGAUUUACUUCACGAUGGACACAUCGAAAGUUGAAACUGACCAGGAAAAGAGGAGAGCGAUGAGUGCAUUGGCAAUUGCCGAACAUUUGUUACAUCGGCUUUGGGAAAAUGAGCUUCGACCAGAGGUGCUUGAUCCGCUGAUAGUGCGCCUUACAGAAAAUGUGUAUCGCAUCGUUUAAAUGUGCGUACACUAUCCUAUAUUUUUUUCAUAUUUUGUGUGAUAAAUUGGUAGUCUCGUAUUCAAAUAAAUUUUUAAAAAAUCCAAAAGCAUUCAAAUAAAUCCAAUGCUAGAGCUGGGGCCACACGAAGCGUAAAAGCUAGCGUAAA